AGUGAAUAUAUCAAACUUGCUGUUUGAACAGUACUGUUCUCUCUUUUCUUCCUUCAUCUCCCAGCCAAUGCCCAGGACGUCUUCCGAACUACUCUCCUUUCCGUGUGUCCCGACGUAGGGCACAUUAAUGGGAAUUCAAUUGCGUACUUGAGCCUGGAUUGCGGGUCAAUCAUUGGGCGGAAUGGAAGCCAUAACCAAGCUUCUUGACACGGGCGCUAAGAUCCUACAACAAGUGCCGCUGUCGCUCCUUCUGUUGUUCCUUGCGUUCACCGGCCUCGGUGGUGCUAUUCUGCUCUACCUUGCUCUCUUUAUUGUAGCGCCUGUACCACGAUCACCGCGAGGAUCAGAGAAGGGAUACAAGACCAUAUUACCCGAUGGAAAGCGCAGUGAAGUCAAGCAGCUGCCUUGUUGGAUCGAUUCCUGGAAUGCGAGGAAACAGCUUGCCCGGCGGAAAGGCGUGCCGCUGGACCCCAAAGAGCAGAUGGAAGAGGCGGAGGUAUUUAUGAGUGUGGUCGUACCGGCAUACAACGAGGAAAAGAGGCUAGGGGGCAUGUUGGAGGAAGCUGUGGAUUUCCUCCAGCGAGAGUACGGCGAUGCUCAUAGCACCCCGGAGAAGCCUCAGGGCAAGGGUCGGAAUAACACCCUCCAAGCAACGAGGAGGGGAUGGGAAAUUCUGGUGGUGUCAGAUGGCUCGACAGACAGCACUGUAGACCAAGCUCUGGACUUUGCGCGAGAACACCAGCUUUCUCAGUACCCUGUUCCUGUUCCUGGACCACGCACACCUCACCCUAUACAUUCGACCCAUAUUCCUCAUGGCUCGAUUCGAGUGAUCACGUUAGAAGAGAAUAGAGGUAAAGGAGGAGCUGUCACACACGGAAUGCGACACGUGCGCGGCCAAUAUGCCGUCUUCGCUGACGCCGACGGCGCAAGUCGAUUUGGGGACCUUGCUAAACUGGUCGAGGGAUGCCAAAGCGUUGAAGACAAAACAGGCAGAGGCGUCGCAAUUGGCUCGAGAGCUCACCUGGUUGGAAGUGAAGCUGUUGUAAAGCGCUCCAAACUCCGCAACUUUUUGAUGCAUUCAUUCCAUUUCCUACUGCGCCUUAUGACACCUCCGGCUACUUCUUCAAUCAAAGAUACUCAAUGUGGUUUCAAGCUCUUUUCGCGCGCAUCGUUGCCCUUCAUCAUUCCGUACAUGCACUGCGAGGGCUGGAUCUUCGAUGUCGAAAUGCUCAUGCUCGCGGAAAGCGCCAACAUAGCCAUGAUCGAGGUAGCAAUUGGUUGGAAAGAAGUUAUGGGGAGCAAAUUAAACGUCGUCUGGGAUUCUCUAGGCAUGGCUUGGGGUUUAGCGAUUUUACGCGCAAGUUGGGCAUUUGGGGUAUAUCGCAGGAAUUAGAUCUUCUGGGCGCAUCAAUUGGACUAGUUAUAGAAAUCGUAAGGAGUUGACUUGAUCUUUCACCGUCACGUGAUCAGUCAAUGUGCUGACUCAGACCAGCAAAUAAGGAUUAUGAAUCCUCACAAUAAGCCUUA